GCAGGGGGCGCUCGCGCGAUGGGAGGGUCGUCGUUAUCGUCGCCGUCGUUGGAGAAGAGAGCUGGUUCGGAGGUGGCGCUCGCCAAGGCCAAGGACAUCGUCGCUUCCACCCCCGUCGUCGUCUUCAGUUGAUGAUAUGGAUAGCAGAUCGAGUUGAAUUGGGAUACGGAACUGUUUUCCGUGAGCCAAUCUUGUACCGAAAUGUACCACGGAUUAUUCCCGGCUGGAAGAAACCUAUAUGCAUUGGCAGGCAUGCUUUUGGAGAUCAGUAUCGGGCGACAGAUACAAUUAUUAAGGGUCCAGGAAAGCUUAAAAUGGUCUUUGUCCCAGAUGGAGAUGUGCCUGUGGGGCUAAAUGUUUAUGACUUCCAAGGGCCUGGUAUUGCAUUAGCUAUGUACAACGUAGAUGAGUCUAUUCGGGCCUUUGCUGAAUCAUCAAUGGCAAUGGCACUUGCUAAAAGUUGGCCUCUAUACUUGAGCACCAAAAAUACAAUUCUGAAAAAAUAUGAUGGCAGGUUUAAAGACAUCUUUCAGGAGGUAUAUGAAGAGAAAUGGAAGGAAAAGUUUGAGGAGCAGUCGAUAUGGUAUGAGCAUCGGUUGAUUGAUGACAUGGUGGCCUUUGCAUUAAAAAGUGAGGGAGGGUAUGUCUGGGCCUGAAAGAACUAUGAUGGAGAUGUUCAGAGCGAUUUUCUUGCCCAAGGUUUCGGUUCAUUGGGCUUAAUGACAUCCGUACUGUUAUCUUCAGAUGGAAAAACAUUAGAAGCUGAAGCAGCUCAUGGUACUGUUACUAGACAUUUCAGGCUACACCAAAAGGGACAAGAGACCAGCACCAAUAGUAUCACUUCCAUCUUUGCAUGGACUCGCGGUCUUGCACACAGAGCAAAGCUUGAUAAAAAUGAUAGGCUGCUAGAUUUUGUGCAGAACCUUGAGUCUGCAUGCAUUGAAACAGUGGAGUCUGGUAAAAUGACAAAGGAUCUUGCGCUUCUUAUCCACAGUCUCAAGGUAUCAAGGGAACAUUACUUGAGCACGGAGGAAUUCGUUGAUGCAGUUGCUCAGAGACUUAAAGAGAAACUUCAAGUUCGUGCUGUUUUGUAGAGUCGGGUCCGACAUCCAAUCUGACUGCUUAAGGAAAGAAGAUUAGAAAAGUUCAUGCAGGACUCUAGAAGAUUGCUUCUAGAGGGCUAGGAAUGAAUGCUACUUCUAUGGAAUUCUGAAGGCCGGUGAAUGCCAUGGUCGUUCAACU